CGCGUAUCACAUGGCGAAAAGUGACCAGUACCGUGGCGGGGGGAUGCAUGAUGAGCAAACAUGCGUGUUGUUGAGGUAUGCAGCCAAGAAGUCCGCAGUCUGCUGGUGGAGAAGUAAUGGCUGACACCACUGGCUGUCUUGCGCAAGGAUCCAAAGGACUUCGUUCCUGUUCAGCUCACACCUCGCGAAGGGGGCAGCGGUAAGUGGCGGUACCCGACUCCGUGUUGCAUGUAUCUUCCAGGAAUUCAACUACCAUGAGGCGAAGACUUUCUGUGACACCACUUUGCACCUUGCUUCGGAAUCGCCUCCGCCUCCGCAAAGUUUUGCUGGAAGUCUCGUUUCUGGCUGGGGCGCUUCUGGGGUACAAGUUAAACUACGCUCUUGGCGCUUAUCUUGAAGAAAAAGGUACGUGUAAGCCGCAAUCUUGGUAUGGGACUCGUAGAGUGGCUCAAGAUUGGGCAUGUACCACAUUGGCUAUGGAGAGCAACUGUGGACGUGUAACGUCAGCAGCAUAUAAAGCUUGACAUGGGUGUCCUUCUGAUCCCACAAACGCUU